UUAUUUUUUUAAUUAAGUGGCUGUAGUGGGAAAAUUGGGAGUUAUAUUUAAAAUUACCCUAUUUUUAAUCCUAAUCUUCUCAAAUCAGCGAAUUAAUCGGGCUAGUUUACAAGUUUCGGGCUGGAUUGACAUUUGGCCCGAGGGAUUUUGAAAAGGUUAAAUAAACCCGCGUUAAACCUCGAUUCCUCAAAUAUCGUAUUCCACAACAUCUUCCAAAUUCUCUCGACUGCUGAGCGCCGUGAAAUUCCGUAAGACACCCAUUGCCGUUUCAAAAUUCUCUCGACUGCCGGCCGCCGUAAGACAUCCAUUACCGCCACAGAAACAGAAAAUUGAGAAUUAACGAGAACAAUGAGAAAGAAGGUUGACGAACGAAUUAGAAGCCUAAUUGAGAACGGCGUGAGAGCCCGUCAUCGCUCCAUGUUCGUCAUUAUAGGUGAUAAGUCACGCGACCAGAUUGUGAAUUUGCAUUACAUGUUGAGUAAAUCGGUGGCCAAGUCUCGUCCAAGUGUCUUAUGGUGCUACAAGAACAAGAAGAAACUCGAGUUUAGCAGUCACAAACGCAAGCGGGAAAUCCAAAUGAAGAAGAAGCUAAAAUAUGGCUUGCUUGAUCCGGAGAAGGCUGAUCCUUUCUCACUUUUUGUUACAACUACUAAAAUAACAUAUUGCUUGUAUGAACGUUCUGAAAGAAUUCUGGGUAACACUUUUGGCAUGUGUAUAUUAGAGGAUUUUGAAGCUUUGACUCCAAAUGUUCUUGCAAGAACUAUUGAAACUGUUGAAGGUGGUGGAUUGAUAAUAUUGCUUCUGCGCACUCUUUCCUCUCUAACUAGUCUUUACACUAUGGCUAUGGAUGUUCAUGAGAGAUACCGUACAGAAUCGCAUUCUUGUGCUACUGGUCGCUUCAAUAAACGAUUCUUACUCUCACUUUCAUCAUGCAAAUCUUGCAUUGUAAUGGAUGAUGAGUUGAAUAUCUUGCCAAUUUCUUCCCAUAUAAAAUCAAUUACUCAGUCGUCUUCGGUUCAAGAGGAUUCUGAAGGACAUCCGAAAUCUGAAAGAGAACAGAAGGUUUUGGAGAAACAAUUGAAUGAUAAAUCUACUGUUGGUCCUUUAAUUAGAAAAUGUUGCACGAUGGUACAGGAUUUUGAAGGACUUUCAGAAGCUGAAAGGGAACUGAAGUGUUUGAAGGAACAACUGGAUGGUGAUUUUCCUGUUGGUCCUCUAAUUAGAAAUUGUCGCACAAUGGACCAGGGGAAAGCUGUUGUUGCAUUCCUUGAUGCAAUUCUGGAUAAGAAACUCCAAAUGACAGUAGCUUUGCUUGCUGGUCGUGGUCGUGGGAAGUCAGCUGCUCUUGGUUUUGCAAUUGCUGGGGCUGUUGCAGCAGGAUAUUCCAAUAUUUUUGUGACUGCACCAAGCCCAGCAAAUCUGAAUACCCUGUUUCAAUUUGUAAUCAAGGGAUUUGAUAUGCUUGAUUACAUGGAACACUUGAAUUAUGAUGUGGUGAAAAGCACAAACCCUGACUUUAAUGGAGAAACUGUUCGAAUCAAUAUUUACAAACAACACAGGCAGACUAUUCAGUACAUUCAUCCACAUGAACACGAAAAGCUCUCACAAGUAGAAUUGCUGGUUAUUGAUGAAGCGGCAGCUAUACCUUUGCCAGUUGUGAAGUCCUUGCUUGGUCCUUAUCUUGUAUUCCUCUCUUCAACAGUGAAUGGGUAUGAAGGUACAGGAAGGUCAUUAUCUUUAAAACUGUUGCAACAACUUGAGCAACAAGAUCGGAUUUCAAGCCAAAGUGUGGAUACUGGUGUUUCAGGCCGAUUGAAAAAGAUUGAAUUAAGUGAAGCAAUCAGAUAUGCCUCUGGCGAUCCAAUUGAAUCCUGGCUUCAUUCAUUGCUGUGUUUGGAUGUAACAAAUUCCAUUCCUAGUAUAAGCAGGCUACCUCCACCCAGUGAAUGUGAUCUGUAUUAUGUGAAUCGAGACACCCUGUUCUCCUAUCACAGGGACAGUGAAUUAUUUAUGCAGAGGAUGAUGGCUCUCUAUGUUGCUUCUCACUACAAGAAUUCGCCAAAUGACUUGCAAUUGAUAGCUGAUGCCCCAGCCCACCACUUAUUUGUGCUACUUGGUCCAGUUGAUGAGUCCAAAAAUCAUCUUCCUGAUAUUCUGUGUGUUAUUCAGAUUUGUUUCGAGGGACAAAUUUCUCGUAAAUCUGCCCUUAGAAGGUUGAGUGGUGGCCACCCGCCACAUGGUGAUCAGAUACCCUGGAAAUUUUGUGAGGAGUUUCGUGACACGGUUUUCCCAAGUCUUUCAGGUGCUCGAAUUGUACGCAUUGCCACACAUCCAUGUGCCAUGAGGCUUGGCUAUGGUUCAAUGGCAGUUGAACUUUUAACAAGGUAUUUUGAGGGCCAACUCACUGCAAUAUCUGAAAUAGAUGCUGAUGAACUUCCAGUUGCAGAUGAUUCUCCAAUUACAAUUGUUGAGGCUGCAGAGAAGGCAUCUCUGCUUGAAGAAAAUGUGAAGCCGAGAACUGAUCUCCCCCCGUUGCUCGUACCUCUCCGUGAGCGGAGGCCAGAAAAGCUCCAUUACCUAGGAGUCUCUUUCGGGCUCACGCAAGAUCUUUUUAGCUUUUGGAGGAAACAUAACUUUGCUCCAUUCUACAUUAGCCAAGUUGAGAAUGCUGUGACUGGUGAGCAUACGUGCAUGAUUCUAAAAACAUUACAUAGUGAUGACAUUGGUUCGAAUAAAUCAGACCCGUUGGGCUUCUUCAGGCCCUUUUAUCAAGUGUUCAGGAAGAAAUUCACUAAGCUUCUAGCUCGUGCAUUUCGUCAAAUGGAGUAUAAGCUUGCGAUGAGCAUUUUGGAUCCAAAAAUCAAGUUUUCAGAUGUUGAUACUGCAUCAUCGUCUCCCAGUGGAGGUUUGAAUUCAAUUAGUGAAACACUAUCAUCCUAUGCUAUGGAGCAACUAGAAGCAUAUACAAAUCACCUUGUUGAUUACCACAUGACUGAAGAUUUUGUGGAUGAUCUUGCUCGUGCAUAUAUGUUGGAGAAGAUUCCGGUUACGUUAUCAUAUGCCCAAGCUUCUGUUUUGCUCUGCAUGGGACUGCAGGGAAAAGAUACCUCUCGUAUUCAGAUGGAGAUGAAUUUGGAAAGACACCAGAUAUUGUCUUUAUAUAUGGAAGUGAUGACGAAGUUCCACAAAUACUUGAGCAAUGUUGCAUCGAAAGAUACUUUUCCAACUGUUUCCCGCCUAAAAGAUAUUACAAUGGAACCACACUCUGUAUCUGUAGACGAUGAUCUUAACAAUGCAGCACAGCAAGUUGAGGAGGAGAUGAAAUCUAAGGGUGAUGUUGAUCUACUUCAAGAGUAUGCCAUCGAGGCUGAUUUUGAGAUGGCUGGGAUGCUCCGCCCAGGCACUAUCAUUAGCAUCAAAUCCGAAAAGAAAAAGAUGGGCAAGCAAGUAAAUAAUAGCAGCGGAAAGAAGAGAACUAAACAUGACUACAGCUCCAAAACAAACAAGAAGAGGAAGACAUAACCAUAUUUUUAUGACAACUCUUUUUUACCUUUUGUUGUGGGGGUGAUGUUUUAGUAUGAUGUAGUCUACUAUAAAUUUUCAUUCACACCCUCUUUAAUUAAACUAGUGGAUUUGCAUUUAUGUAAUAUUUUGAAUUCUUAAUUUAGGCUAGUUAUUAAUUUGGAUUGCAAAUUUAUUGUAA